AUGGCGGAGGGCGAGCCCCCGGCCUGCCUGAGCCUCCUACGGAGCCUCUGCGGAGCCCCGGCGGAGCCCCGGUUCUGCCUGAGGGCUCAGCCCCGCGGGGCCGCCCCGCUCUUCGUCAACGUGUGCGGCUGCGGCGCGGUGCCGGCGCCCGGAGGCCCCGGGGCGCCCGUGCCCGUCAGGGCCGGGCCGCUGGAAAGGGCGGCCGGAGACGGGGAUCUUUACAGCAUUAUAGAUAUUGCAUAUAACCCAGAUGUUCUUCAGAGGGGAGAAGAAAACCCAGAAAAAAUGAAACAUUUGAUCCAUAUGACACUUAAAUUUGUUGAGGAACGAUGCGACGUUAUUCUUUCGCCUUCGUACACUGUUGAACCAUUCAAGCUGAAAGGCAGCCUGGAAAGGAUGCAGCAACGUCUGCAAGGAUGGCAGAUGCCAAUGCCCUGUCUCAAUCAGAACACAAAGAAGGAACUGACACUUGAUCAGCUGCUACACAGAAUAGAAGCUAAGGACCACAGCAAUGCUCCUAUCCUGCUGAAAAAAGGAAGUGUUACACAGUCUAAAGUGCCUCUGAUAGAGGAAAUUAGCAGUACAGAAGUGCCAGAGGAGCUGAGCACCCCUGUCUAUGAAAUGAGCACCGUGAAGGAUGCAAACGAGAAGCCAUUACAAAUUGAACUGAAAGUUGAAUUGCCUAAAGUUAGCUCUGUUUCUGAGUGUGAUCUGAGAAUUUCAAAGGAUGACAUAAGCAUCGAUGUCCCUGAAAAAUACAAAUUACAACUAGAUCUGCCAGAAUUGGUGGAUGAGGAAACAGCUACAGCAACAUUUAACAAAGCAAGAGGGGAAGAAACCAGCACUUUCUUUAGCCAGAACCUGAGGUACCGGUGA